AGAUACGAAGCCGAAGCUGCCUUCUUCGCCAACCUGAAACUGUCUGAUUUCAACAUCAUUGACACCCUUGGAGUCGGAGGGUUUGGACGAGUUGAGCUGGUCCAGUUGAAGAGCGAAGAAUCGAAGACGUUUGCCAUGAAAAUACUGAAGAAACGUCACAUUGUGGACACGAGGCAGCAGGAGCACAUCCGCUCAGAGAAGCAGAUCAUGCAGAGCGCGCACUCGGACUUCAUCGUGAGGCUCUACAGGACGUUCAAGGACAGCAAGUACCUGUACAUGCUGAUGGAAGCCUGUCUAGGUGGAGAGCUCUGGACAAUUCUCAGGGACAGAGGUUCGUUUGAGGAUUCAACGACCAGAUUUUACACGGCGUGUGUGGUCGAAGCUUUUGCCUAUUUGCAUUCCAAAGGGAUCAUUUAUAGGGACCUCAAGCCAGAAAACCUCAUUCUGGAUCAUCGAGGUUAUGCCAAACUGGUCGAUUUUGGCUUUGCAAAGAAAAUAGGAUUUGGAAAGAAAACAUGGACUUUUUGUGGAACCCCGGAGUACGUAGCCCCCGAGAUCAUCCUGAACAAAGGUCACGACAUUUCGGCAGACUACUGGUCACUGGGAAUCUUAAUGUAUGAACUCCUGACUGGAAGUCCCCCUUUCUCAGGCCCAGACCCCAUGAAGACCUAUAACAUCAUAUUAAGGGGCAUAGACAUGAUUGAAUUUCCAAAGAAGAUUGCCAAAAAUGCUGCUAAUUUAAUUAAAAAACUAUGCAGGGAUAAUCCAUCAGAAAGAUUAGGGAACUUGAAAAAUGGAGUGAAAGAUAUCCAAAAGCACAAAUGGUUUGAAGGCUUUAACUGGGAAGGGUUACGAAAAGGGACACUGACACCUCCUAUAAUACCAAGUGUUGCAUCUCCGACAGACACAAGCAAUUUCGACAGCUUCCCGGAGGACAGCGACGAACCGCCCCCUGACGACAACUCAGGAUGGGACAUAGAUUUUUAA